GACCUCCGGCGCCAUUUUGUCGAGAAACAAGCGGAGUUAACCGAAGAAGAGGGGGAGAGAGAGAGAGAGAGGAGAGGAGAGAGAGAGAGGAGAGAGGGAGCGAGCGACCGAGCGAGAGGCGAGAGAGUGGAGAGAGAAAGAGAGAGAGAAGGCAGGGAAGAGGGACGAGGAGAGGGAGAGCCCGGGACCCAGGAGUCUGCCUGUGUCCAGCGCCCCCGGAGCCGCCUGAGGUGCCAUGUUUCAGAACAGAAUAAGAUCCUUGGUAAAGAAGAACUGAAGAAAUUCUACAGAAAUCAGAUAUAGGCUAAUUACAAGAAAGAAUUAACCUGUCUCUGAGGUGACUAAAGGGGAAUAAUGGUGAUUUUGCGCCGGGCUCGGCCGCCUGCUUCCGCCCCAACCAGCAAUGAAUCUUGACUCGCUCUCGCUGGCCUUGUCUCAAAUCAGCUACCUGGUGGACAAUUUAACCAAGAAAAACUACCGAGCCAGCCAGCAGGAAAUACAGCAUAUUGUGAAUCGACACGGCCCGGAGGCAGAUAGGCAUUUAUUACGCUGCCUAUUUUCUCAUGUGGAUUUCAGUGGCGAUGGUAAAAGUAGCGGCAAAGAUUUUCAUCAGACUCAGUUUCUGAUUCAGGAGUGUGCAUCACUGAUUACAAAGCCAAAUUUUAUCUCGACACUGUCCUAUGCCAUUGAUAAUCCAUUGCACUAUCAGAAGAGUCUAAAGCCUUCACCCCACUUAUUUGCCCAGCUGAGUAAAGUUCUCAAGUUAAGCAAGGUUCAAGAGGUCAUUUUUGGUCUUGCUCUCUUGAAUUCUUCCAGCUCUGAUCUACGAGGUUUUGCUGCCCAAUUUGUCAAACAGAAGCUUCCAGAUCUUCUGCGUUCUUACAUUGACGCAGACGUCAGUGGAAAUCAAGAAGGUGGCUUCCAAGAUAUUGCCAUAGAGGUCCUCCAUCUCCUCCUCUCCCAUCUCCUUUUUGGGCAGAAGGGAGCUUUUGGGGUUGGACAGGAACAGAUCGACGCUUUUCUUAAGACACUGCGUAGAGAUUUUCCCCAAGAACGUUGUCCUGUGGUGCUUGCACCACUACUUUACUCUGAAAAACGGGACAUUCUAAUGGACAGGAUCCUGCCUGAUUCUGGAGGGAUAGCUAAAACCAUGAUGGAGAGCUCUCUGGCAGACUUCAUGCAAGAAGUAGGCUAUGGCUUCUGUGCAAGUAUUGAAGAAUGCCGCAAUAUAAUCAUGCAGUUUGGUGUUCGAGAGGUUACAGCUGCUCAGGUUGCCAGGGUUUUGGGAAUGAUGGCUCGGACGCAUUCAGGGUUGACAGAUGGCAUUCCAUUACAGUCUAUCUCAGCUCCUGGCAGUGGAAUAUGGAGUGAUGGAAAAGAUAAAAGCGAUGGAGCACAGGCCCAUACCUGGAAUGUUGAAGUCUUGAUUGAUGUUCUCAAAGAGUUGAAUCCAAGUUUGAAUUUCAAGGAAGUAACUUAUGAACUGGACCAUCCUGGAUUUCAAAUUCGUGACAGCAAAGGACUUCAGAACGUGGUAUAUGGCAUUCAGAGAGGUCUAGGCCUGGAAGUCUUCCCAGUGGACCUUAUUUAUAGGCCUUGGAAACAUGCAGAAGGCCAGCUCUCCUUCAUUCAGCAUUCACUGAUAAAUCCAGAGAUCUUCUGUUUUGCUGACUAUCCCUGUCACACAGUUGUCACCGACAUCCUCAAAGCACCACCAGAGGAUGACAAUCGAGAAAUUGCCACAUGGAAGAGCCUGGACUUGAUUGAAUCUCUCUUGCGACUGGCAGAGGUGGGGCAGUAUGAGCAGGUCAAACAGCUCUUCAGCUUUCCCAUCAAGCACUGUCCAGAUAUGUUGGUAUUGGCCUUACUACAGAUCAACACUUCUUGGCACACACUGCGCCAUGAACUCAUUUCUACCCUGAUGCCAAUUUUCCUUGGAAAUCAUCCCAACUCUGCCAUUAUUUUGCACUAUGCCUGGCAUGGGCAGGGACAGUCUCCCUCAAUUCGCCAGCUUAUCAUGCAUGCCAUGGCAGAAUGGUAUAUGCGAGGGGAGCAGUAUGACCAGACCAAAUUGUCUCGGAUUCUUGAUGUGGCCCAGGAUUUGAAGGCCUUGUCAAUGCUGCUAAAUGGUACUCCAUUUGCCUUUGUUAUUGACCUUGCUGCACUUGCCUCUCGUCGGGAAUACCUCAAACUUGACAAAUGGCUCACAGAUAAAAUUCGGGAGCAUGGGGAGCCCUUCAUCCAGGCGUGUAUGACUUUCUUAAAGAGACGGUGCCCUUCCAUCUUGGGUGGCCUUGCCCCAGAGAAAGAUCAGCCGAAAAGUGCUCAACUUCCUCCAGAAACACUGGCAACGAUGCUGGCUUGUCUGCAAGCUUGUGCAGGGAGUGUUUCUCAAGAGUUAUCAGAGACUAUCCUGACCAUGGUUGCCAAUUGCAGUAAUGUUAUGAAUAAGGCUCGACAGCCACCACCAGGAGUUAUGCCAAAAGGACGUCCCCCUAGUGCAAGCAGCUUAGAUGCCAUUUCUCCUGUACAGAUUGAUCCCCUUGCUGGGAUGGCAUCUCUUAGUAUAGGAGGUUCAGCUGCCCCCCACACCCAGAGUAUGCAGGGUUUUCCUCCAAAUUUGGGUUCUGCUUUCAGUACCCCUCAGUCACCAGCAAAAGCCUUUCCACCUCUUUCCACUCCAAAUCAGACAACGGCUUUCAGUGGCAUUGGAGGACUCUCUUCACAGCUUCCAGUAGGUGGUCUUGGCACAGGUAGCCUGAGUGGUAUAGGAACUGCGGCUUUGGGACUCCCUGCAGUGAAUAAUGACCCAUUUGUGCAGAGGAAGUUGGGCACCUCCGGAUUGAACCAACCUACAUUCCAGCAGAGUAAGAUGAAACCUCCGGACGUGUCUCAGGUGUGGCCAGAGGCAAACCAGCACUUUAGUAAAGAGAUUGAUGAUGAAGCCAACAGCUAUUUUCAGCGCAUCUAUAACCAUCCACCACAUCCAACCAUGUCCGUUGACGAGGUAUUAGAAAUGUUACAGAGGUUUAAGGACUCCAAUAUUAAAAGGGAACGAGAAGUGUUCAAUUGUAUGCUGAGGAACUUGUUUGAAGAAUAUCGGUUUUUCCCCCAGUACCCUGAUAAAGAACUGCACAUAACAGCCUGCCUGUUUGGUGGGAUCAUAGAAAAAGGACUGGUUACUUACAUGGCACUUGGCCUGGCCCUGCGCUAUGUUCUUGAAGCCUUACGCAAGCCUUAUGAAUCCAAAAUGUAUUUUUUUGGGAUUGCUGCACUAGAUAGAUUUAAAAAUAGAUUGAAGGACUACCCCCAGUACUGUCAGCACUUGGCCUCUAUUAGUCACUUUAUGCGGUUUCCUCAUCAUCUGCAGGAGUACAUUGAAUAUGGACAGCAAUCUAGAGACCCUCCUGUGAAAAUGCAGGGUUCAAUUACCACCCCUGGAAGUAUUGCACUUGCCCAGGCCCAGGCCCAGGCCCAAGUUCCAGCAAAAGCUCCUCUUGCUGGUCAAGUCAGCACUAUUGUAACCACCUCAACAACGACGACUGUGGCUAAAACCAUCACAAUCACUAGGCCCACAGGAGUCAGCUUCAAAAAGGAUGUGCCACCGUCUAUUAAUACUACAAAUAUUGAUACCCUGCUGGUGGCUACGGACCAAACUGAGAGAAUUGUGGAGCCUCCAGAAAACGUCCAGGAAAAAAUUGCUUUUAUUUUCAACAACCUUUCUCAGUCAAACAUGACACAAAAGGUUGAAGAACUGAAGGAAACAGUGAAAGAGGAGUUUAUGCCUUGGGUUUCACAAUAUCUUGUCAUGAAGAGAGUCAGUAUUGAGCCAAACUUUCACAGCCUUUAUUCAAAUUUUCUUGAUACUCUUAAGAAUCCUGAAUUUAAUAAGAUGGUUCUGAAUGAGACUUACAGAAAUAUCAAAGUGCUUCUGACAUCAGAUAAAGCAGCCGCCAACUUCUCAGACCGCUCCUUGCUGAAGAACCUGGGCCACUGGCUGGGGAUGAUCACACUAGCCAAAAACAAACCCAUCUUACACACAGACUUAGACGUAAAAUCUUUGCUGUUGGAAGCUUAUGUUAAAGGACAGCAGGAAUUGCUGUAUGUGGUGCCCUUUGUUGCCAAAGUCUUAGAAUCCAGUGUUAGGAGCGUGGUUUUCAGACCACCAAAUCCUUGGACAAUGGCAAUUAUGAAUGUACUAGCUGAGCUUCACCAAGAACAUGACUUAAAGCUAAACUUGAAGUUUGAGAUUGAGGUUCUCUGCAAGAAUCUUGCCCUGGACAUCAAUGAGCUAAAACCUGGGAGCCUCCUAAAAGACAAGGACAGACUGAAAAACUUAGAAGAGCAGCUCUCUGCCCCCAAAAAGGAUGUCAAGCAGCCAGAGGCGCUUCCUCCCAUCACAACCACCACUACUUCUACCACACCAGCCACCAGUACCACCUGUACAGCUAGUGCUCCUCCACAGCCUCAGUACAGCUACCAUGACAUCAACGUCUAUUCCCUGGGAGGUCUGGCGCCACACAUUACUCUCAAUCCUACCAUUCCAUUGUUUCAGGCCCAUCCACAGUUGAAGCAGUGUGUACGUCAAGCUAUUGAACGUGCUGUCCAAGAGCUUGUCCAUCCAGUAGUGGAUCGGUCAAUUAAGAUCGCCAUGACUACUUGUGAACAGAUUGUCAGGAAAGACUUUGCACUGGAUUCUGAGGAGUCACGCAUGCGAAUAGCAGCUCAUCACAUGAUGAGGAACUUGACGGCUGGCAUGGCUAUGAUAACUUGCAGGGAACCUUUACUCAUGAGCAUAGCUACCAACUUGAAAAACAGCUUUGCCACAGCACUACGAGCUGCAUCUCCCCAGCAGAGGGAAAUGAUGGAGCAGGCAGCAGCACAGCUAGCUCAGGACAAUUGUGAAUUGGCAUGCUGCUUUAUUCAGAAGACUGCAGUAGAAAAAGCAGGUCCAGAAAUGGACAAGAGGCUAGCAACUGAAUUUGAGCUUCGAAAACAUGCAAGGCAAGAGGGGCGCAGAUACUGUGAUCCUGUUGUUUUGACGUACCAGGCUGAGCGAAUGCCAGAGCAGAUCAGACUGAAGGUUGGUGGUGUAGACCCAAAACAGCUGGCUGUUUAUGAAGAGUUUGCACGCAAUGUUCCUGGCUUCUUGCCUACCAAUGACUUAACUCAGCCUACUGGAUUUUUAGCUCAGCCUAUGAAGCAAGCUUGGGCUACAGACGAUGUAGCACAGAUCUAUGAAAAGUGCAUCACGGAACUGGAGCAGCACCUGCAUGCCAUCCCUCCAGCCUUAGGCAUGAACCCCCAGUCUCAGACUCUCCGGAGCCUUCUGGAUGCUGUCGUAAUGUCACGCAACUCUCGGGAUGCCAUUGCUGCCCUGGGCUUGCUACAGAAGGCUGUAGAGGGCUUGCUAGAUGCCACAAGUGGUGCAGAUGCGGACUUGCUGCUACGUUACCGAGAAUGUCACCUCCUUGUACUGAAAGCGUUGCAGGAUGGGCGUGCAUACGGGUCUCCAUGGUGUAACAAACAGAUCACAAGGUGCCUGAUUGAGUGUCGGGAUGAGUAUAAGUAUAAUGUGGAAGCAGUAGAAUUGUUGAUUCGCAAUCAUCUAGUUAAUAUGCAGCAAUAUGAUCUUCACCUGGCUCAGUCAAUGGAGAAUGGUUUGAACUACAUGGCUGUGGCAUUUGCUAUGCAGCUGGUGAAGAUACUGCUGGUGGAUGAAAGGAGUGUGGCCCAUGUGACCGAGGCCGACCUGUUUCAUACCAUUGAGACACUAAUGAGAAUCAAUGCUCAUUCCCGAGGAAAUGCCCCUGAAGGGUUGCCGCAGCUGAUGGAAGUGGUGCGAUCAAACUAUGAGGCUAUGAUCGACCGUGCACAUGGGGGCCCCAACUUCAUGAUGCACUCGGGCAUCUCACAGGCCUCUGAGUAUGAUGACCCCCCGGGCUUGCGGGAGAAGGCGGAAUAUCUGCUGCGGGAGUGGGUGAACCUCUACCACUCAGCCGCGGCCGGCCGAGAUAGCACCAAAGCCUUCUCUGCGUUUGUUGGACAGGUAGAGCUUUUGGAGAGAAAGAUGCACCAGCAAGGAAUCCUGAAGACUGAUGACCUCAUAACAAGGUUUUUCCGUCUGUGCACUGAGAUGUGUGUUGAAAUCAGCUACCGAGCUCAGGCCGAGCAGCAGCAUAAUCCUGCUGCCAACCCCACGAUGAUCCGGGCCAAGUGUUACCAUAACCUGGAUGCAUUUGUGAGGCUCAUUGCACUUCUGGUCAAGCACUCAGGGGAGGCCACUAACACAGUCACCAAGAUCAACCUAUUGAACAAGGUUCUUGGUAUAGUAGUGGGCGUCCUUCUGCAGGAUCACGAUGUUCGACAAAAUGAGUUUCAGCAACUUCCAUACCACCGAAUUUUCAUCAUGCUGCUCUUAGAACUAAAUGCUCCUGAACAUGUUUUGGAAACCAUUAAUUUUCAGACACUGACAGCUUUCUGCAAUACAUUCCACAUCUUGAGGCCUACUAAAGCGCCAGGCUUUGUGUAUGCUUGGCUUGAACUGAUCUCGCAUCGGAUAUUUAUUGCAAGAAUGCUGGCACACACACCACAGCAGAAGGGCUGGCCUAUGUAUGCCCAGCUAUUGAUUGAUUUAUUCAAGUAUUUGGCUCCCUUCCUUAGAAAUGUGGAACUCAGCAAACCUAUGCAAAUCCUCUAUAAGGGUACUUUACGAGUGCUGCUGGUCCUCCUGCACGAUUUCCCAGAAUUUCUUUGCGACUACCACUAUGGAUUCUGCGAUGUAAUUCCACCCAAUUGCAUCCAGUUAAGGAAUCUGAUCCUGAGUGCCUUUCCACGAAACAUGAGGCUACCCGACCCAUUCACUCCCAACCUAAAGGUGGACAUGUUGAGUGAAAUCAACAUUGCUCCUCGGAUCCUCACUAAUUUCACCGGAGUGAUGCCUCCGCAGUUCAAAAAGGAUUUGGAUUCCUAUCUUAAAACUCGAUCGCCAGUCACUUUCCUGUCGGAUUUGCGCAGUAACCUGCAGGUAUCAAACGAACCUGGCAAUCGCUACAACAUCCAGCUGAUAAACGCACUGGUGCUCUACGUCGGUACUCAGGCCAUCGCCCACAUCCACAACAAAGGCAGCACGCCGUCCAUGAGCACCAUUACUCACUCGGCGCACAUGGACAUCUUCCAGAACUUGGCUGUGGACCUAGACACAGAAGGUCGGUACCUCUUCUUGAAUGCAAUUGCCAAUCAGCUGCGGUAUCCAAACAGCCACACUCACUACUUCAGUUGUACCAUGCUGUACCUUUUUGCAGAGGCCAACACUGAAGCUAUCCAGGAACAGAUCACCAGGGUUCUCUUGGAACGGUUGAUUGUAAAUAGGCCACAUCCUUGGGGUCUUCUCAUUACCUUCAUUGAGCUGAUUAAAAAUCCAGCAUUUAAGUUCUGGAACCACGAGUUUGUUCACUGUGCCCCAGAAAUUGAAAAGUUGUUCCAGUCAGUGGCACAGUGCUGCAUGGGGCAGAAACAGGCUCAGCAAGUGAUGGAAGGCACUGGUGCCAGUUAGGCGGGCUGCCUCUUGUGCUGUGAGUGAGCCAGCCUGGAGGGCCCCAGGCCGCCGAGUGUCACAAACUGACUGACUGAAGAAUCCUCCUGGCUUUUGCUGACCUUUCCAGCCCCCUUGGGAAGAGUCUCCCAUCUUUGUGGGCACGUUCCAAAGUUUAAAUACAUUUUUUUUUUUUGACUCUUGGCCAAAAUUUAGAAGAUGCUGUGAAUAUCAUUUUGAACUAGUGUAAAUACAUGGAACCGAAACAUUUGUCUGGA